CAUCCCAAUCAGGCUGCCAAGCAUGAUGGUGGUAUGAACUUGCUCCAGCACAUGGACACUGAUCAACAUGCUGAUACCCAGAACUCUGAAAACAUCUAUUUCCCAUUCAUGUCUCAGAGUGAAUGGCAGCUUGCAAACUGGCUUGCAAGUGGUGUAUUGUCUCAGAAGGAAAUCAAUGGUUACUUAUGGCUGCAACAUAACAAGGAUCAUCCCAUCUCAUUUAACACAGCCAAAGAUCUCCAUGCACAUAUUGAAUUGCUGCCCAAUGUGCCAUGCUGGCAUUAUCAAGAAAUCAAGGUGGCACCUUACCAAACAACAACCCCUAUCAUUUUGCACUGGCAAGAUGGACUCAAGGUGAUCAAGCAUUUAUUCAGUAACCCUGUAUUCACACACUGCAUAGAUCUCUCCCUGUAUUGGGAGUUUGAAGCUACAGAUCAGGGACAACAACAUGUAUAUGGUGAGUUCAUGAGUGCCAACCAUGCAUGGAGCACACAGGACUCUUUACUACCAGGUCAUUCUUUUCUCAGCAUGAUUUGGGCAUCAGAUAAAACCCCAUUAAUGAUCAGAACCAGCAACAAGGAAAUGCACCUGCUAUUACUCUCCAUUGCAAACAUACAUGCCAGCAUA